CCUUCUAUUCUCUCAAAAAUCCCCACCUCUCUAGCAUACACAAAUCUUCUCAAAAAGACAUGGCAACAACUUCAUUAAACACCAUGUUUGCUACCUCCUCUAAUCAAAUUCCCAUUUUCGAUGGAGAAUUGUACGAGUACUGGAGUGCCCAAAUGGAGCCAUUUUCCAUCUCUCAAGAUCUGUGGGAUAUCGUCCAAGAAGGAUAUGAAGAUCCACAAGACAAGAAUGAAGACUCGAAGAAACGAGCAGGCAAGCAAACAAAGGAGUACAAGGAGAAUGCCAAGCAAAAUGUCAGCGCCUUGAGAAUAAUUCAACAAGCAGUGAGCAAAUCGAUUUACCCGAGAAUCUAUGGCAUCAAAAAGGCCAAAGAAGUUUGCGAUGUCUUGCGUGAACAAUUUCAAGGUUGUGAAAAGGCAAUCUCCAUCAGGCGCCAAAGUUUAUGGCGACAGUUCGACAACUUGAUGAUGAAGGAAACCGACACCAUCAAAGACUUCCAUUCGCGUGUGGCGGAGACAGUCAACCAGAUCAAAGCCACCGUUGAUGUUAUGGAAGAAAUAAAAAUUGUGGAGAGAAUUCUCCGCAAUUUUUCAUAAAAGUUCGAGCAUAUUGUUGCUGUCGUUGAAGAAACCAAAGAUUACCAAAUCUACCAAUGAGCGAGUUAAUGAGCUCACUUGUAGCACAUGAGCAAAGAAUGAGCCUCUUCACCAAACCGCCACUAGAGCAAGCUUUCUCGUUAAAAGUCAACAUGACAGAAAGUAAAUAUGUCAAAUCGGAGUAAGGCCAAAGAGGGAGAAACUCACAAGGAAGAGGAAGAGUAAGAUCCAAUUACAGAGGAAACAACAGAAAAAAUUAUCAACAACAAAAAUUGAGCUACACCGGCUCGAGUUGCAUAAUUUGUAAAAAGGCGGGUCAUGCAACAAAAGACUGCAGAUUCAAGUGCACCAAGUGUAGAAUUCAAAACCACUCCCAGAGAGAUUGCUGGUUCUAGAACAAUUAAGAAGAAGGCGAGUCAAGCGGCACCAAAAAUGAAGAAAGCAAUAUGGUGGCCUUGUCAUGCUUGAAUGGUGAGCAAAAAUCACAGUUUCCCUGGAUGGUGGAUAGUGGUUGCAGUAACCACAUGACUGGAGAUCUGGAGUUUUUCACCGAUAUCGAUGACAAAUACCGCUCUCAAGUCAAACUGGGGGACGGGAAGAAGCUAAAAGUGGAAGGAAAAGGCACAGUUGUUGUAUGCACAGAAGAAGGUAACAAAACUCUCAUACGAGAUGUUUUGGGUUGAAAAAGCCUGGCCGUUGAUUGCCUUCUGAUGACUCGGUAUUUGCACAUGUUUUCCCCUUUGUUUCUUGAUUGUUUGAGCUUGAAUUAUCGUGUCUUUGACCUAUUUUACGCUAGGUUGUGUUCCUUUGUCACAUUUCAGGUCCUAGCACAUAAAGUGAAGCAUAGGCGCAAGUUUCAAGUCAAUCAGAGAUCAAUUGACGAUUCGGGAGAAGAAACUCGGGUAUGACCUGAAGAAGAAUGGAUUUCUACCUCACUUUAUGGACAAAGAAUCAUGCAAGAUUGUCAUGAAAAGAAAGAGGACGAGACUACGAGCGUCUGGGAUCAAACGGCGACUGAUUCGGAGUCCGGACGAGGGAGAAAUGAAGCAUUAAACAGAGGCUGAGCAAGCCACACGGGCACAACCCACACGGCCGUGUGGCUUUCCCAGCUGCCCGUGUGGAAAUCACCGAGCCUUCACACGGGCAGCUGGGAAAGCCACACGGCCGUGUGGCCUGGCCGUGUGAGUCGGAAAUUGCUGUUUAAAACCCGAUUUUCAGCAAAAGGAAAGGGGGAGAGCUGGGUUUUGGAUCCCAAACACCCAAGGGACGAACCCUAGAGAGAGAGAGCGACUUGGGAACAUUCUUGGAGCUAUUUUGGAGGAUUUCUUCGCCAUUGGAGCUCGGGAAUCAAGCUUGGAGAUGGAGAUUGAAGAUCUAGAUCAGAUUUCUGCAGUCUCUCUCUUCUCUAUGGAGUAACUUCCCUUCACUUAGGUUUUGAGGAACCUUAGUUCCAUGAGUUAGGAUCUUUCUUGUAUGAAGUUUUGGAUGCUAUAUUGUUUGAUUAUAAUCGAAUGAUGCAUGUUUAUUGAGUCAAUUGAAGUCUGAUCAACUUUUCCUGAUUCCUGCUGCAAUCUGAGAUAGAUAGAAUCUGAUUAGGUUGCUAGAGUCUCAUCAUUCGGUAGUAGGAGAUUGGCUAUACGAGAGUUAGCCAGUUUACUGCUUUGUACUGGAUUCCAAUUCCAGUAGUGGAGUUCUGUGCUUAUUGCUUCAGCUUUCUAUCCCGGUGAAGACUAGUCGUCUGCCGGAUAGUUAGACUGAGAGGGCUUGGUCAGCUUAAGAGAUUCCAAGCUACUGUCGGAUCUUCCGCAGUUUAAUCAACAGUAAAUCAACCAAAAGGAAUUACAACUUGGACCUGAUUGAGGAGCUAGGGGGAAUCAUACCUAAGUGAGUUCCCAAACUGUAAUUAGUAGUUUUACUUAGUUUAGUUAGUAGAGUAGUUUAGUUAAUCAAUCCUUAAUCUAGUUUGCUAGAUAAUGAACUGAAGCUGAGUAAUAGUAACUCUAGAGACCCGUGGAUUCGAUAUUUAUUACUUGCGCCACUAUACUGCAGUCCCUUUCAUUGGUUACACUUGGCCAUUGUUAGGUGUUGUGUUUUAGCGAGUCACCUUCAAAUUUCUUGGCAUUGAUGAACUUAUUUAUAAACGACAACACCUCACCCAUAAUACCCUCUUUUCCCGUGCAUCCCAUUUGUCCAAUCGGGAGCAGUUCACGUGAAUAACCUUGUGGUUCAUAACCAUGCAUCAUUUGCCACAUCACCGUCACAUCAUCAUUUAUGGAAGACCUCUAAUCAUUUCCCCUAUAAAUUUUAUCUCUUUUGUUUUAAGUCGUAAUUUAAAUUUUUUUCAUAGAUAAAUAAGAUUAAUUGUGCUUUACAAAAUGAUAUCCACUUUGAUAUAUUUUUGGAACAAAAAAAUUGAGACAUUUAGUACCAGUCUAUAGCAUGGUGGUAAUGCUUGGUAUAACAUAAAAUCAUAUCACGUGAUACUGAAGUGUACCAUGGUGAUAUGAACACACCAUAGUGUAUAAUGGUUGAAUACAUGAUAGUAGGAAUAUGCGAGCUGUCAUUUACCACAUACAUCAUUGUGUACCACCACUUCACUCAUACCAGGGUGAUAUGGAGUGGUACAUUUUGGUCAUGUAUUUUUUUCCCCAGAAGUUCGUAGAUCGAAUAUCAUUUAGACUUAUAUGCAAAAAAAAAGUACUAAAUCUUAAAUAGAAUUUCCAUCAAUAUCUUUAUACUUAUAUGCAAAAAAUAAGUAUUAAAUCUAUUAAGUUUUUUUUUAUUACCCAGGAACCUCAGCUCCAUGUGCCACUAUGUGACGGCAGGUUCUACUAAAACUGUGGGCCACCUGCAAUCAAAUUUGACGCCAACGGGGCUUCGCACCCAACAACCUUGUACCCUACGGGAACACCAACGGGCCUCGCUUGGAUUCGAACCUGUGAUCUGCAACUCCCAACACCUCAUUGUCGCGAUAGUUUUACCGUUAGACUAUCUUACUUUUAGUUUAAAAUCUAGGGUUAAUACAAUAUAUUAGCCACAACUAUUAUGAAGCGGGGAAUUAUAGCCACAACUAUGAAAAUUCAAAUUAUUAGUCAUAACUAUUGUUGCAGGUCAAGAUAUGGCUAACUGUCUGUUACUGUUAUUAAAUUUUUUACGGAGAAGGCCACAUCAUCGGCCACGACAACGGCCACGUAGGAAUGCUUUUAGUUUAUAACUUCAAAACAUAAAAGUUUAGUCAGUAUUACUAACGAAAUUGUUAACAGAUAGUUAACGUUUGGCUAAUAAUUUGAAUUUCAAUAGUUGUGGCUAUAAUUCCCCGCUUGAUAAUAGUUGUGGCUAAUAUAUUGUAUUUACACUGAAAUCUAUUAAGUUUAGAUACCAAACUAUGUAUAUGAAACUCAAAUUCAUGAGACAGAGGGUGGAGAAGGAAGCUGUUAUGAGUAGAUAAUUACUAUAACACCCUUAAUCAAUUAUGUUAAAAUGGUGCUAACACAGCGGAUGUUUCCCUUAAUUUCGAUAGACUCUUGUUGGAGUUAUAGUUUAUAGACCAAUUACACGCGUACGGGGUGAUGCAGUUUGCAGGCGGAAGAACGGUCGCAGUGCAAAUUUAUAACAUCCAAGUUUCAUGGAAUCUACAGAGCCAUCUUCUAUGCACAUCUUCUCCUCAAUAACCAUGAAGGAAGCUAAUCAGUAAAGCAAUCCCCCACUUCCAUUCUCCAUUUACACAUACACACGCUUAAUUACCACCUACAAAUAGUAGUUUCGGUGGUGGAUUGCAGUCGGAGUCAUGAUGUGAAUUAGCCGGCCGGCUUCCUCUCGUCUGUUUUGUUUCUAGCUUGUGGUGGGGAAGCUAAUAAGGCAGUACUGGCCGCGGUGAGGGUGGAACGGCCGUCGCUCGCGGUCCGGCGGGCAAGGCACCGGAGCUGGAUGUGCGAGGUAGGUUGGAACAUGUUCCCCCGGCAUCAACACUGAUACGCCUUUCGCAUAUACUGUCAUCUGAAACUCAACAAAGCAAAAUUCAACGUACUGGUAAACCAGCUAGCAUUUAGGUAAACAAGUACUUGUAAACAACUAAAGCAUUCACUCCGCGCGCAGAGGGGAUUCCAUCGUUAUCAUCAACUUCACAAAUUGCUAUGGCUUGCAUCCAAUGAUUACAGAGCGCCCAACAAGAGAUCCAACAAUCUUAUAACACCUUAUAAGCAUGUUUUUUUUUUUACAUAUUCUACCUAGUGAUAGCAAUGGGCAGGACGGGUAUCUCAAUAUUCAUACUCGUUCCAUACUAAGUGCGAGUCAGGUUGAGUGAUAUAUGCACGAGUAAAGUGCGGGAUGGGUCAACUCAUUCUUAUAUGAUAUAUUUGAAAAAAAUAGGUAAAUAUUUAAUUCUUUCACAAGAACAUAUAGAGAAAAUACUUCAUAAAUGAAUGAGAAUUAUAGUGAAGGAUAAUUAAGCCUAAAUAGUUGAAAUAUAUAAUCUUAAAUUCUUUAGGUUGAAAAUAUGGAUUCAUAAUAAUCAAAAGAAGAGAAGUACAAGUAUUAAGAUAAAUCAUGAUAAAACAUGUUUUUAACGAGACCGAAUUGAACAGGACCACUCAAAAACAAUACUCAUACCCCAUCACACACUACUACAGUAAAACUGCCGAGCAUCAAGACAUAAUUCCUUUACCUUACCCACUAGCAAGGCUUGGAUUUAAAGAAACGGAAAAAGGAACCCUUUUCUAUUCUUUUCUUUUCUUGUCCCCAGAUUUCAUGCUCGUUUCCACAAAUCAUGGGUCUGAAAUCUGAAUUGAAAUUCAGUAACGGAUUCAUAGAAUUUCCCCCAAAAAAGUAGUAUUACGUAGAAAACCAAGAAAGUCCAUUGCCCAUGACAAAUGCAAAGUGUGGGACUAGGGAUUUGGUUCAGUAAUAGUUAAUAGAUAUAAACAAAAGGUGAGAGCAAAUUGAGAUUCACAAGGUCAGGAAACAAUGGGAAAUGGUCAGUUUUGAUAAUACUAUGUUUGUGUAUGCAUCUUUAGAGACAUAAUUUGCUCAUGUACAACAAAUUACAAGGCGUGUGUGUAAUCAUGUUAGCGCAUUCUUGUUUUGCAUUUAAUGAAAAUGAGAAUACAUUGUGUAAUUAUUCACUCCACACUAGAUCAAAGCAGAACGGAUAUUUUGGAAUUGAACCAAACCGGUAUGAAUAUAGAGCUCGUUUAUAGAAUUGGAGUCUAAAUCUUUAUAUUAUAAUUAAUUAAAAAUAUUUAACUCUUCGGAUUGUAGAAAAAUUUAAAAUUUUCUAUAGUUUGAUAACUAUAAUUUUUAAUCGUUCAAUAAAAUAGAAAUUAUAUUUUUUUAUCAAAAGACAUGUUUAUCCUUAAUUAUAAGAUUUCAGUGUGACUCGACAAAUAUUGAGAUUUAUUGAUAAGGGUAUUUAGUGGUAUAAAUAAAAAAUAAAAGAUAAUAGGGGAAAAUCUGACAAAUCAAAAUAUAAAAUCUCUCUAAUUAUAAGAGAUUUGAUAUAUUUAUAUUUUAUAGAUUUGGAAGCUCUUAAGUGAAAUCCAUGAUACAAAAAGCAACAAAGAAAAAACAUAUUUUGUACUGAAUUUAUGGUCAAAAUCCUUUUUCCCAAAUGAGUCCAAAAUGUAUUUCAAUUUUGAAUUUUAUCAAAUCUUUUCCAAACACAUUCAAAAUGAAACAUGAUUUGAGUAUUUUAUAUAAUAUUAUUUGUCUCGAUUUUCUUUUAUCUUUUAUUCUUAGAUCAAAUUAAAGAUGGGAAAAGUUAAUCUGCUAACUUGGAGAUUCGUUAGCAAAUACUAAUUGAUAUCCAAAAUACAUGAAUUAAUAUGCACAAGUACUAAAGUAUCUAGAGAGCACAAACUAGUAUUCAAAGUUUGCUAACUGAUAUCCACCAUGAAUCAACUAUUAUCCUAAAUUUACAAACUAAUAUCUAGACAACACAAAAUAGUAUCCAAACAGCACAUAAUUAGUACCAGAUAACACAUAAGAGUAUUCAGAUAACCCAUAAGAGUAUUCAUAUUGAAUACUAGUUGGUUGAUUGUAGAUAUUAGUUGGUAUCUGCUAUCUGGAUACUAGUUUGUGAUGUUUUGAAUACUAGUAUGUGCUAUCUAGAUAUUUAGCAGACUUGGAUAUUAGUUCAUACAUUUUGGAUAUUAGUUAGUAUAUACUAACGAAUCUUCAAGUUAGCAGAAUAACUAGGCUGUUGAAAGAUUGCCAACUCUUGUAUGGAACAUGGUCGUUUGGUUUUGGUAUAUACAUUGUUUACAAUGCAUUAUUAUUAUUAUUAUUAUUUUUUUUUUUGAAUUUUUUCACAAACAAUACAUGCAUUGUUUGCUUGAUGUGAGACAAACUAUCACUCAAAAUAAGGGGUCAUUUGAUAUAUGUGUAUCUAAAUGAUGCAUUUAAUGAAUACAUGUAUUGUAUAUAAUGCAUCAUUUUUUUGUUUCAAAAUGAAAUACAAUGCAUGUAUUUGAUUGAUGAUGUGACACUUGAAAUCAUUAAAUAUGAAUGAUUUACAAUCUCAACCAUUCGGUGAGAUUGUUGAGAUUGUGUUUUGAGAUAGUUAAACAUUACAUAAUUCUAACAAUCGCAAAUACCAAAUGACCUCUAAGUGAUAGUUAAAUCUCAAGUUUUUUGUGAGAUUGAUGAAAUUGUUUGAUUAUAUCCCUAUUUUUUUAUGUGUGUUGCAUUCUUAUAUAUAAAAAACAAAGGGUAAAAGUGACAUUUCACCCAAAAAGUAAUAUAAUUAUUUAAAGACAACAAUAACUAUCACAUAAACCAAACGAUGUAAACUAUAAUACACAAAUUUUCUUAUAUACAUAUAUAUGAUUAUGCAUGCAUUGUGAUAAUGCAUAAAUUUAACUAUCACCAAACCAAAUGAUCCAUAAUUCUACUAGUGUGGUGCAUUGUAGGAGUGAUAGUCAGUGCAGUUUCGGUUUAACCAAACCGACCGUUGAUAAGAGGCUGAAACAGACAACCGAAACCACCCCCGACAACCUUAUCGAUUAGCCACAAUUGAUAACUCGUUAUGUCGGUUCGGUUAAUCGGUUGCCCGCCCACCCAAUUAUUAAUAAUAAAAAAGUUAAAAAUAUCAUAUAUUUUUUUAAUAUGGCCUCCUUCCUUCAUAGAUUUUUUUGCCUACUUUCUUCUUCCAGAUCUAGCCUUCAUCGAUUUCUUUGCCUUCCUUCUUCUUCCAGAUCGAGCCAUGCUUCAUCAUCCACCCAUAGAACCUUCAUUUCCAUAAAUCGAUUUCCUUCUUGAAAUCUUGCCCACAAAUCCUCUGCCACGUCAAGAAGGAAGGGAAUACGGUUUCCGAUUGGGGUUAUUGAGGUCAGUGAGAAGAGGUUGUCGAGUGGCGAUUUGGGUCGACAGAAGAGGUCUCCCAAUAGAGAUUGGGGUCGGCAAUUGUCAAGAUUGGGGUCGGCGAUUGGUCGUGAGAUGAAAGCUUCGAGGCCGACAAAAAAGGACGACGGACGGCGGGGCGACGAUUGAGAUGCUGGAAAUCAGGGUUCAUGGAUGAGGGGAAAUGAUUUGUAGGCUAGGGUCUAGGUGUUGUGGUGGGGGGAAAAGAAGAAGAGGAAGAGGAAUCAUAGAGGAGAGGAAAAGAACUCGAUGACAGAUGAAGAAUUUGAUCUUCUUGAUUGAGGAGGAGAGCUCUCGGUUAUGUAUCGGUGCACUGAUUUUUAAUCGGUUUGCAACUGACAACCGGCGGUUAGCUAAUAACCUAAAUCUUCCAAACCGAAGUCGAGACCUACAUGUUUUUAUCAAUUUUCGGUUAGCAUAUUAAUCGAGUUUUUCGUUUUGGUUUUAAGCUAGCCGACUAACCAGUCACCGAUUAUCACUCCUAAUGCAUUGCAUACUUUAUUUUUUUUAAAUUGUAUUGUAGUAGUGUGUUGAAAAUUGAGCAUUCUACCAAAAAAGACAAGAAAAUUGAGCAUUUUGUGGGCUCUGUUAGUACGUAGUAACCUACCUAGCAAAUGUUUAUAUAGGCGGCGUUUUGUUUGGAGCAAUAAUUAAUUAUAAUCGAGGAGAGGCGGGGAAAAGCAAGCUACCUACGGAGGGGGACACUAGGAGACAAAUUCCACAUUAUGAAGGGCGUGCAUGAUGGAAUUGGAAUAUAAUGGACCCGUUAUUAUUAAUUAAUUAGUCAUAUUAGUCCUCAUGUUCCUACAAUAAACCAGAUUUAGUUUAUUGAACAUUUAUCCUUUUAAUUGACGAAUUUCAAAAAUUAAUUCAUAAGAAGUUCCAUAUAGCUUUCCCUUUUCGACUAAAAACGGAAAUUUUAGUUAAAAUGAAAUGAAAACAAGUACAUAAAUAAAAGAGAGGUAAGGUCUACUAUGGAAGCGUAUCUCUUUGUUCUAAAUAUUUGGAUAACGAUAUUUGGAUCUUGAUUAUCCCUUUGUUUUGAACACUUCUACUAUACUAUAUAGCAUUGGUGCUUUAAUGUACAACUUAAAUUUGUACCAUAACAUUAAAUGUAUAAGUUUAGGUUGUACCAUAAAGCAAUUUGUACUAUUAUGUUAUGGUACAACUUUACAACUUGAAGUUGUACCAUCACAUAAAGGUACAAGUUCAAGUUGUACCAUAAAAGAAUUUGUACCAAACGUAUAGGUACAAUCUGAAGUUAUACCAUAACGUAAAUGUACAAUUUUAAGUUGUACCAUAAAAGCAAAAACCUAUAGCACCAAUACUAUAUAGCAUUGUAAAAUUUCUCCUUUGUUUUUAAGAAACUUGCCUCGAAAAACAAUAAAUUUAGGGGUGAAAACGUGGUUGGUUAGUCCACGAAUUGAUAUCGUUCCACCCGUAAAUAACCUGAUCUGUAAGCAGUGGGUGAUUGAUGUGGGUAGAUUGUGGAUUGAUAAAUCUCCCACCCGCACUUAUGUGGGUGGGUGAGUGGUGAUUGGAUUGCGAGUCACUCGAAUAAUCCGCAUCUGAUUUUCACAUGAAAGAAUGUCGUUUCUUAUAGUAUCGAAUAUUAAUCAUAUUUCCAAACCACACUACAGUCUGGUUGCAUAUUUCUAAUGGGUACUGGUUAAAUUGAUACUACAUUAUUUCACAUUAAAAAAUAUUGGAUAUUGAAAUGGGAAUUAUGGUUAAUAUCCAUUAAAUAUUGAGAUGAAAACUAUAAAUUAUUAAUUGUAUCAAAAUCAAAAAAAUGCGUAAGUUUCUCUACACAAGUGGUUGAUAGAGUAGUAAAUUUUUUUACACAAAUUACUAUAUGGAUUCACUUGAGACAAAGUGAGAAGUGUCUAAAUUGAUACAGUCUUCCUAAUUUGCAAUGAGAUUAUUAUAAAUGUUAGUCAACUUACUUAAUGGCUUGUUGGAAAAUACUUUUGCGGGUUAACCCACGACCCAACAGCACCCAUCCGCCACCCACCCAACCCGGCCCGCAAAAGAAUGUAGGUGGAUUGCGGAUUACCAUUAUUCCAACUCGCUAGAAAACAAGUGAGUUAAUUUGAGACGAAAAUCCACCCAACCCGCCCAUUGCCCACCAGUUAUAUAUCAUCAUCUUAUCAAUAUUAUAUAUUUUCAUAUUAUCAUGAUAUAAUCUUUUAUACUAGAUUAACGUGAUAAACUAGAUUAAAGUGUUAUUUUUGUUACAAAAUAUACGAAAUUGGCUGUUAUUGAAUAACUAAUAUGAUUGAUGGUUAAUUGGUUAUACACAGGAUUCGUUUUCUACGAUACAACUGAAAAAGAAUAAACAAAAAACCUCCAUCGGGAUGAGCACUAAGUAAUAAUUCCGAGAUUAACGAGGAAAAGGGGUUGCGUUAGAGUGCCGUUAUGAGUGUAUGUAUUAUUAACAAUGGGAUAAUGCAGCGUGAUUAAUUAUGAUGAUUGACGUAAUGCAAACAGCCCCCUCUCUUCCACUAGGCUAGCUAAGCUAUCAAAAGAAGUCCACACAAACUCAUUUUCCCAAUGAAUAAUCAUAGGAAUU